UGCCUUAGCUACAUUAUUACAUUUACCAAUGGCACCAUUUUCUUCAAGGCUAUCCGUAUUACCUGAUGUCCUGAUAAAACAACAUUGAUGGUGGGGUGCAGACUCUGUUGAAAGCAAAUUGGUGGUUGACUAGUUGUUAAGCUGAAAUCCAAGGGAGUUCAGCACCUUUAACCAACCUAGUUUUAGUAUGUCGGAAAGUAAAAUUUCAAAUGCAAACUUUCCGGAUGAGAUCAUAUGCGACGUUCUUUCUCGACUACCUGUCAAAUCCUUGUUGCAAUUCAGGUCUGUAUCAAAGCAUUGGAGAAGCUUAAUCACAGAUACCCAUUUCAUUAAAUCACACCUUAAAAAAGCCGAAUCUAUAUCAAGUCACCAUCGUAUCCUUGUGCCGGUUUCUCCUAUUCUAUCCUUAGACUACAAUGUAUCACCAUACAGCAUAAGCUCAUCAACAGAGCUUGACUGUAAAUUUAUUAAGCCUUGGAAUUCAGGCAAACUUUUGGGUUCUUGCAAUGGGCUGGUAUGUUUGAUUGACGGCAGAAAAGACAUUAGCAUCUAUAAUCCAUCAACCAGAAGACAUUUCAAACCAUUGCAAUCAUCUCAACAAGCUGUUCGUCAUUCUCCAAAUGAAUCAUAUCAGACUGAAUUUGUAUAUGGAUUUGGUUGCAGCUCAAACUCUAUUGGCCCGAGAGUGUUUCGAUUUCCACGGUUUGCCCGUGACUCUGAAUCCCUGGUAUAUGAUUUUAUCGAUACGGUUGGUACUUUCUUGAAUGGUUCACUUCAUUGGCUAGCACGUUACAGUAACAAUGACGGUGAACAUAGAGUAAUAGCUUUAUUCAAUAUAUCUCAAGAUACUUUAAGUGACCUAUCUUUGCCACCUCACCGUCCUCAUCAACCUGUCCUUCCAUAUUAUGCUUUGGGUGUUUUAAAAGGAUGUCUUUUUGCACUAUGUGAUGGUAUAAAUCAUACAGGUAUAGAAGUAUGGUUGAUGAAGGAAUAUGGGGUGGUCAACUCAUGGUCAAUGUUCAUCAAAAUUCCGCUUGAUAAUGGGAUUGGGUAUAUGAGGCCUUUGAGCUGUGUAAAUGAUGAUGAAAUUGUACUGGAGAUUGAUUUACAAUCAUACGCUAUCUAUAAUGCUAAAACGAAGACGCUUGAGCAUGUCAAAAGUGUACACAAUCUGAAAUGGUUUGGGGAUGCUGCGGUUUAUGUGGAGAGUCUGCUUUCACCAGAAGUCUCGUGUGUAUUGUAUUAACCUUAUUUUCAUGUACGGUAAUGUUGUGUUUGUUUUUGUUGUCAGCGCUCGAAUUACAAGUGUGCCAGUAGUGCAAAGGCCUUUGAUGUACGAUGAAGCGUUAGCCUUGAUGUAUCGGAUAAUUUGUAAUAGUUUGUGCAUUGCAACUCUUGUAGUAUCUAAAUUAUUUGUAAUAGUAGUUUUUAAAGGAAGUAA